AUGAACACGCCAGAACAGAUCCUUGACAUAGAAGACGCUCUCGUUUCAGACGAGAAUCCAGCGCGCGAUGAAGAUACACUCGAUUUUCAACGCUGCGCCAGAUUGCAUAACUACCUGGUCGCAUAUGCCUACAUGGCCCGCAAUGGAACAAACACGCCCGAUCUCGACGCCCUAGCUAGCGAGUCAUGGUUCUUCAACCAGCCGAACGAGAAUAUUGACGCCAUUCGUGCUCGGCUUCACCCUUCAUUAAACUCAUUCCUUGAUUCAAUUUAUGAUCCGACGCCGGGAUUCUUCUAUUGGGUGAGCGGGCUUCAAAUGAGACUUGCCGACGAGUGUUUCCCCCUUGAAGACAAUGAUUCCGAGGAUAAAGAGCGAUUUGUGGUCAUUUACGACACAACGCCCGAACUAGGCUCCCACUGUCUUGGUGUUCUCUACGACCAGCUGAACCAUCGUGCCUCAUUCCCAUUGGCCAUCGAGAAUUCAGAUAGUAUCGAGCCGGUUGAUGAACAUUGGGAGAUGUGGUUUCCUCUAGAGACGAUUCUUACCCAAUGGAUCCAUAUGCUCCGAAUGGAAAAAAUCACGGCUGAUCCACAGUACGAGAGAAACUGGCCCUAUGAAGAAAGACAUCAAAUUGGAUUAUGGCGUUGGCACCCAUACUGCGCUGCUCAGAUUGAUAGCACAGUUGCUGCGAUGGACCGCUACACGGACGCGAUCGAAUCACGUAUGCAGUCUCUUUUGCCAAUAUCCCGAGAUGCACCAUUUUUUACCGAUGCAGAGCUGGAUGCGGCUCUAGUACCAAAGGAGUGA